UUCAGCAUGUCUAGGGUUCUUGGAGAGGGAGCGAUGGCGGAGCUCCCGAUCCGGCGCGAAUCGGAGUGCAUCGUGAGCGCUGUGCGCGACAACAGUGUCACGGUCGUGAUCGGCGAGACGGGAUCGGGUAAGACGACGCAGCUUUCGCAAAUCCUCCACGAUGCAGGGUUCACAGCCGACGGCAAAUGCAUCGCCAUCACGCAGCCCCGGCGCGUGGCGGCCGUGUCCGUCGCUCGGCGCGUCGCUCACGAGAUGGGAGUGACGCUGGGCGAGGAAGUGGGAUACGCCAUUCGCUUCGAGAACAGGACGUCGAGCAGGACCUUCAUCAAGUAUCUCACGGACGGCUGCCUUCUCCGGGAAUUCCUAGUCGACAUCGAGCUCAGCCAGUACUCGGUGGUGAUCUUGGACGAAGCCCACGAGAGAACACUCAACACCGACAUCCUUCUCGGCUUGCUCAAGCGCCUGGUUGCCUUGAGAAAGCCCGAGCUUAAGCUGAUCGUUACCUCGGCAACUUUAGAUGGUCACAAGAUCUCCAAGUUCUUCGGUGGCUGCCCCGUUGUCAACAUCCCUGGGAAGCUCUUCCCGGUGGAGAUCAUGUAUAGCACCGAGCAGCCAGUGAGCUACGUGGAGUCGGCGGUGGAGACCGCGAUAGAGAUCCACGCCAAGGAGCCUCCUGGUGAUAUCCUCGUGUUCAUGACGGGCCAGGAGGAGAUAGAGAAGGUGAUAGUUAAGCUGGAGCACAGGGUCCAGACUCUGGAAGAAGGCUCGUGUAUGGACGCACUUGUUCUUCCUCUCCAUGCUUCGCUUCCACCGGAGUUUCAGGCCCGGGUUUUCGCCCCGGCUCCUAGCAACUGCCGGAGGAUCAUCGUUGCUACAAAUGUCGCGGAGACGUCUCUCACGGUUGACGGUGUUGUCUACGUGAUUGAUCCAGGCUUCGUGAAGCAGAGACAGUAUAAUCCCACCACGGGCAUGGACGCUUUGUGCGUCGUUCAGAUAAGCAGGGUUCAAGCAACGCAGCGAGCUGGUCGAGCAGGACGGACGUGUCCUGGUAAAUGUUACAGGCUCUACUCGAGCUCCAACUUCGAGCAAGACUUUCCGGCCGUGACGGUACCGGAGAUUCAGAGGUCGUCGCUAGCUGGGGCGCUCCUCCAUCUCAAGUCGCUGGAGAUUCCAAACCUCGACGUGCUGAACUUCGAGUACCUGGAUGCCCCGUCGGUGGCAUCGCUGGAGGAUGCUUUGAGGCAGCUAUAUCUCAUUGACGCAAUCACCAGCAAAGGCGACGUUACCAGCCUUGGCAAGCGGAUGGCUGGGCUUCCGCUGGAACCGUCUCUAGCGAGAGCUUUGAUUGCUGCGGAGGAUCUCGGAUGCCUGGAAGACGCUCUAGUACUGGCUGCGAUGCUCUCUUGCGACUCGGUGUUUUACCAAGCUCCAAAGAAGGAGAAGAAAGAACAAUCAGCUGUUCACCAGGACUUGCCAACAGGAGACGGUUUUGGCGAUCACAUUCAGCUGCUACAGAUCUAUGAGAAGUGGAGAAGGGUGGAUUACGACUUCGAGUGGUGCAAAGAGCACGGUUUGCAGAUAAGAGCGAUGAAGUUCGCGAGGGACAUACGGAAGCAGCUCAGCCUGAUCAUGCAAGGGAAAAGUGACUUCAGGAAGCGGAAAGAUCCAGCGUACAAGAACUUACGCAAGGCUUUUGCCGAAGGCUUUGCGAACAGGCUGGCUCAUCGGCUUCCCAAUCACAACGGGUACCGCACUCUGGCACAAAGCUCUCACCUCGUGCAAGUUCAUCCUUCAGCUUGCAAGAUGGAAAUUGAUGCGGACGGACUGCUACCCGAGUGGAUUCUUUACCACGAGUUGCUAACAACGACACGGCCGUAUAUCAAGAAGAUUUGCGUCAUCGACGGUCGCUGGGCUCAACCGACGCUGGUGAAGCUUCAAGACCUGGACGUCAUAAGCUUGAGUGGCAGGCUGCCAGAAGAGUCAAGGACGCAUUUGGACGAAUCGUCGGAGACUAAGCCCGCAAGUGCCGUCACUCAACCAGCUAACAAAGAGGCGGUGGACGCUGCUCGAGAACGAUAUAUGGCUCGCAAAAAGGCCAGGACCAAUCCGGCACGGCUUUCAGCCCGCUGACGUUUUACGAGUAAACAAGAAGCAAAUAUGGUGCUCCUACUCAAGUUCAUCCAUUCUGAUUUUGGCGCUUCCGGAUAGCUCGUUUUAUUUUCAAGGUGUGCUUAGUUGUUUCACAGUGGGGUGUUUGAGCUCAUUCAAUUCACAGUGCUGAGGCUUCGGGGGUCCGGUGUUUGCACCGCAGUGAAGGUAAUUUAUAAUCGUGUGCUUUUUGAGGCUCUUGCUGUUGUCAGAAACGCUCUGCCGAGCAUUUUUGAGGCCUUGGAGUUGUUUAUGAAUUUUUCUCCUCUAUUGUGGCCUUUGAAGCGCUUCCAAAAGGUUGGAAUCUCGUGUUUCAUUGGUGUCUAAUGCUUAUUCCUGACAGGAAGCGUUCUCAUUCUUUCUUUAUGAUUAUCUCGUCUGGAAUCAAAUAACAAUAUACAUAGCACCAACACCACCACCUUGUCAUUUUUGAGGAGCCAUAAAACCACAAUGCAACUGGAAAAUCAAUGUCAUCAUCAUGGAAAGGCAGGCUUUCCUCGCGAAAGGCUUAACUUGAAAAAUUAAUGAACGAAAACCUCCAAUAGUGCCAAUCGAAAA